AUGCUUCGGAGAGAAGCGAUCCGUUCGGUCCAUUAUCGCGAAAGAAAAGGGGGAGGUGAUAGAGGAAGAAGAGACAUGGCAUCUAAAGACAUAACUGCCUCUUGUUUCGUCAGUGUGAGCAGGGAUAUUACAGGUAGGGAGAAAUAUCAACAUUAUUCCUAUUCCCAUUAUCUCGAUCAUCAUCAUCUGUAACGUGCACGGAUUCUGGCUUUCCCAGUCUGCGACUGAACAGGCGCAUUGGAGGUUUAUAAGCAACAACUCUUUCAUAUCUGCUAGUGCCACCAAGCUUUGUGUGUCAUUUUUUAUUUGUCAUCAUCUAGGCUAAACGUGCACUGCAUUAUUCGAUCAUUUAAAGCUAGAAAAUGCUGUAAAGCAAAGACAUCCUGCUUGCACAGGAUUUACCAUAAAAGCACAGCAGGCUGAUCAUGUAAAAUCCCCAGGCCUAGGACAUAGGAAAAGGAGCGUUUUGAAAAUCAUCGUGUGCAUCACGCGUGGGUUUAAUCGCUCAUGAUGUGAUCUGCAUUCAGAAAUGCAUGCCAGGUUGUAAGAAUAGGAAUUGUUACCCUCUCAGUGUGUUGGCAGUGAGCAUGGUCUUUCUUUGUCUGCAGUGUGUGUGUGUGUGUGUGUGACAGACAGAGAGCAGAGAUAGAGAGAGUGUGUGUGUGAGUGAGUGAGUGAGUGAUUGAUUGAGAAUGAAAGAUAGCAAGUGGGAGCAGUAUGCAUUUUCUUGCCAACAAUUUGCAUGUAUUCUUCACUUUCCUUUAUUGAACGAGCCAGACAUGGACACUGUAUCCUACACUUCUCUUUCUGAGAAUUCUCACAUGAUGAGGCUGCCAGUGAGUUGACACAAGCUUACCUCUCACAAACUCACACCAUCAGGCCACACACACAUGCUCACACACACUCACACCUACAUCACACACAUGCUCACACACACACACUUAGGCCUACCUACCUACCUACCUACCUACCUACCUACCUACCUACCUACCUACCUACCUACCUACCUACCUACCUACCUACCUACCUACCUACCUACCUACACACACGUAUUCUCUCACCCUCUAACCAACACCACACACACAUGCUCACAUUUGCAGGGAGUCUCUGCUGAGAUAAUUAUUCCUAAUGGUUCUAUUAAUCACACUGUGAUAAUUAAUCCAGUGGAAUCCCUGCCUUUAAAUCCACUCACCUACCUGCCAGCCACUUCCCUCUGCCUCAGAUAUACAGCUAUAUAGCAUCAGACUCCAGGUGGCCAGAGCCAAAAUACCAUCUCUGUUUAAACAGUCAUCAUGGUGAUCAUCUUCAUCACCAUCAGAACAUUACUCUAACGGUCCUGUCAGAACAAUCAGACUCAGCAGCAUUCUCUUAUUUGACCAUGCAUUAGUCACAGGUGAAGUACAGCACAUUCAGUGCUUUGGAUGGUUGGUUAUCCAUAAUCUAAUUCCUUUCACCAUCUCACCCUCUCCUCCUAUCCUCCUCUUUAGCCUCGCCCCUGUCUCUCUGAUGGUGACUCUCUAUGUCAGUGUGCCUGUCUGUCUGUGAGGGGAUGUCCUCAGGCCCAGCCAGGUUAUCUGCAGGUGUCUGGCAGGUGUGGGGGGGGGGGGGGGGGGAGUCACACCUCUGACUGGGAUUCUAUGUGACAAGAAUGCCUUGGUGACUGAGACUCACUUGAGCAGAGAGGAGCCAUGUGGUUGUUGGUAGUAGUCAUAUUGUGCACAUAAGGUUGUUUGUGUGGGAAGAAAAAAUUGUCUGGCAAUGUAUUUUGAAUCUCAUUAAUAACAGAAUGAAUGCGAUUGCAGGUUUUUGCCUAUGAAACACACAAUUAAUAAUAACAAGAUGUUUGUUGGUUUAUUUGCAUUAUUAGAUGAGCAAUAAUGAAAAGACAAAAGCCCUUGUAAUUCAUAAUAAAAUACAAUUAACAGAUAAUAAUGGAACACAUACAACAACAAACAGAAACAGAAAAACAGGAGAGAAAAAAACAGGCAGUGUUUUGUCUUGAUCCACUCUCACCAGCCUCAAGUACUGUAUUCAAGCUCUGGUUUCCAUAUUCUAAAAAUAUGCUCUCUAUUUUAUGGCUUCAUUCUGUCCUCGCUCACAUAUCCUUGUUUUAUUGGGCAAUUUCUGUGCGCCUACCUUGGAAAACAAUACUGUUAUUUACGUUUUAGUGAAAGAUCCAACAGUUUUGGAGACUCAAGGGUUUUAUCCUCUGAUUAUCUUCCUCUGUUUAUGAAAUGCCAAUAUGUACGUUUUAAAUGACACGGUUGGUCUGUCUUCAGUUGUAUGGCGAAAGGGCUGUGCACUCAAAGGUCAAGCUUAUCUCUCUCACAGUUCUGAUGUACUGUGUACUUGGUUGAUAUGUGUGAUUGUGUGUGUGAAAUGUUUGCUUUGUGUGUUGUGUGUAUUAGUGCGUAUCUGACCUGGGAUGUUUUUCUAUUUACAGAGAGUAUCAGGAAGAUUGUUGACAAGUCCUCUAUCAAGUUUAUACGCGGCAUUAAGCUUGACACCAAAAAUGGCAAGUCAGAGGACCGGAUACUGGUGAGUACUGUUUCAUCUGAAUAACUUCCAUUGGUGAAAACAACAUUUGCUAUAUUGAUGUGCUGGCUGUGGAGUGGGUGGUAUUCCCACAGAUCAUUGUUGAUCUAUUGAUAUAGAGGAGUCCUCCAGGCCAUCCACACACAGUACUACUCCGUCCCUCACUACGUCAAUACAAGUCUGAUGCAGGGGAGGGAUGCUCCAUAAGACAUUGGAUGGAAACCUGAUGGUUGGUUUAGGAGAGACAUGAUGCAACAUAGGCAGUAUUGAAGUGCAAUUAAUCACUAUGGUCAGUUACAGACUGAGCACAAGCUAUGAAUAUAUUGAGUUGAUAUGCUGCUGCUUCCCCAUACCGGCUGUGCCUGUGUGGGCAUUGGAGUGGGACAAUGUAGGACAGAGAGGUCUGUAAGAGCAUCAGCUUGGGGAGGGAUCUGUUUAAGGCUCUGUCUCUGUGAGACCCUGGUGGUGGAGGCAGUGCCAGGUGCGGGCGGAUCUCUGCCUUUGAUACUGGGGUGCUUUCAUCAGAGAAUAUGGGGCAAAGAUGUGAAAUCUUCAAUAGAGGAGCUGCAGCCCUGCCAGCUUAUAUGACUAAAUCUGGGCCAGUGAGCUCUUAAGUGUAUAGAUCCCAACCUAUGUAAGUACAGCAAAUAGGCAAAAGUAUAAGAAAUAGACCGACCAUUUAACUGAGACUGUACUAACAAUUCCACAUAAAACUGCAUUGAAAUGUUUUCAUGUUUUUGUGCUCCUGAAAAACUACCAGCUGAUGAGGCAAUGGGCUCACACCCCCAGCUGGGCAGACUAGGUCUUGGCAGGGAGUCGUUCCCUCGAUGACUGCUUAAUGAUUCAUUAUAGGGCGAGUUGGAAGAGUUUUGCAAUGUGCACCCUUUGAUAUUCAGGGCUAUGUCUAUCUGACAGGACUAUGUUAUCCAUUAAAUCCUUGCUGUCCAAUCUCUUUCUGCUAAAUGAUUCCUUUUUUACUCUGAACUAGAGUAGGGUAUCUAUCUGGAAUUCUAGUCUCUGUGGGGCUUAGGAUAAGGCUGAGGAGAGGGCUAGGAUUUAAGGGGUCAAGGUAAAGCUUGGGGAAGGGUUUGGGUUAAGAGUCGGGCUUGCUGAUAAAGCCUGGGCUAGGGUUAAUGUUUUAAGGCAGGUUCAAGUUCAGGCUGGUAGGUUCUUCUAUCAUUGUUCUUCUUCCUCUCCCGUCAGGUUUGCUUGAGGCCAUGUCAUGGUCAAUGUACCGUAUAUUACGCUUUGGUUUCCUUGCUUGUGAAUUAUUUAACCAGGUACUGGAAGUACCUUGUUCAUGUAUAACAGUUGCCUUACCCCCUUAUCAAUCCAAUAAGAAAAGACAGGCGUCUCUGCUCCAAAAACAGACACAUAAAACAGACACAGAAUUAUUUGAUGUGUGCGGUGUGUCUCUUUGAUCUGGAAGACUUUGAUAAGGACUUCUCUCCCGGGAGGACUGUCUCCCCUUCUCUCCUGCACCAUCAGCAUGAUUUACUUCUAUAUACUCAUAUGGUACAGUACUCACACACUGUCUCCACUGCCACCCCCUAACCAGUAUACCCCCCCUCCCAACUCAUCACGUUAAUGUGAUACAAUCCACACGUUUUAAUCAACUCCUUCAGACACAGUCUUUGAAGUGGUGGAAUGCAGGAGUCUCUCUUGCUCUCUCUUCUCUCUCUCUCUGUAACUUCAGAUACUCUCGUUGCGGUUUUUUGUUGUUGUGUGUGGGUGCUGUGGCUGCCGGCAAGUGUUUGGCUCUGAUGGGUAGAACCAAGCACCUCUCUCCCGAAAUGCAACAGAGAGGGAGAGCCACAAUUCAAUUACUGCAUUUCAUUAAGAGGGCAUACUGUACUAGCUAGUGUUUCUAGAGAGAGAACGAAUGAGAGAGAUAGAGAGGCAGAGAAAGAUAGCCAGAGAGAGAAAGGCAGAAGAGAGGAAGGAGCAAAUGAUCAGGAGCGAAGGAGCAGAAAAAGAGCAGAGGACGAGAGUCAGAGAGAGGGAAGGAGAGUAACUGAAAAAUAUUUGCUGUUUGUAUAUCUGGUAUAAACGUAUAAACUGUGCUGUAGCAAUAUUUACAAAAGGUUCUUCACUCUCCUCUAAAAGAUGGAGACAGGAGCAUGAUAAUAAGGUAUAUAGAGAUUGUGUUUGUAGCUCAAGGUGGUUGCAUGUGUGUGCGUAUGUAUACAGUACACGUGUGUGUGUGUGUGUGUGUGUGUGUGUGCGCGCAUGCGUGCAGACGGGUGUAUGUGGGUGCUUUUAAAUCACUUCCCUAUGGAAUUAUUAUUGUUGUAAUCAUAUCUAUAAACCAUGUUAAUGCACAUCCUGAGAAUGCAAUCAUCCCCAGUAUACAGCAUAGCCCAUCAAAGCAUGAUGCUGUGGCAGAAAAGAUUCCUGCCCAGAUCAAUAGGUGAAUACAGAGAGUACUCAUCAUUUCACUCUCUCCAUUACCAUGGCAACCCAUGAGAGAAUUGGGUGCCCGUAGUGAGUCUUGAAUGUGCGGUGAACUUUUGCUCAGUAUGGAUGUAAUUUGUUCAUGUUUCUCCAUCUGACUCAGGUCCUCACAACAUGGAGACUCUAUUUCCUGACAGCCAAGGUUCCAACAAAGGUAGCCAUCAUGAUCUCUAUGUUAUUAGGGACCUUUUACCAUACACCAAACUCUCAGCAUUAUGUUAACACGUGUAUGUUAUUACAGAUAGAGGUGACGUUUAACUUCUUGGAGAUCCGAGCCAUGAACAGUCACCCAGAGUUUCAGGUGAGUAACAUAUGCCAGAUUAACUUUUUUGGUUUUGAAUGGCCAUGUUAGUGCAUCGUCCCUGUGGCCUCUUUUAUUAGAACUGAUUAGUUGUCUGAACAGAUUUAUAAUGGAGUAGGCCUAUGUAGAGUUGAAGUCGGAAGUUUACAUACACCUUAGCCAAAUACAUUUAAACUCAGUUUUUCACAAUUCCUGACAUUUAAUCCUAGUAAAAAUGCCCUGUUUUAGGUCAGUUAGGAUCACCACUUUAUUUUAAGAAUGUGAAAUGUCAGAAUAAUAGUAGAGAGAAUGAUUUAUUUCAGCUUUUAUUUCUUUCAUCACAUUCCCAGUGGGUCAGAAGUUUACAUACACUCAAUUAGUAUUUGGUAGCAUUGCCUUUAAAUUGUUUAACUUGGGUCAAACGUUUUGGUUAGCCUUCAACAAGCUUCCCACAAUAAGUUGGGUGAAUUUUGGCCCAUUCCUCCUGACAGAGCUGGUGUAACUGAAUCAGGUUUGUAGGCCUCCUUGCUCGCACACACUUUUUCUGUUCUGCCCACACAUUUUCUAUAGGAUUGAGGUCAGCGCUUUGUGAUGGCCACUCCGAUACCUUGACUUUGUUGUCCUUAAGCCAUAUUGCCACAACUUUGGAAGUAUGCUUGGGGUCAUUGUCCAUUUGGAAGACCCAUUUGCAACCAAGCUUUAACUUCCUGACUGAUGUCUUGAGAUGUUGCUUCAAUAUAUCCACAUAAUUUUCCUUCCUCAUGAUGCCAUCUAUUUUAUGAAGUGCACCAGUCCCACCUGCAGCAAAGCACCCCCACAACAUGUUGCUGCCACCCCCGUGCUUCAAGGUUGGGAUGGUGUUCUUCGGCUUGCAAGCAACCCCCUUUUUCCUCCAAACAUAACGAUGGUCAUUAUGGCCAAACAGUUCUAUUUUUGUUUAAUCAGACCAGAGGACAUUUCUCCAAAAAGUACGAUCUUUGUCCCCAUGUGCAGUUGCAAACCGUAGUCUGGCUUUUUUAUGGCGGUUUUGGAGCAGUGGCUUCUUCCUUGCUGAGCGGCCUUUCAGGUUAUGUCGAUAUAGGACUCGUUUUACUGUGGAUAUAGAUACUUUUGUACCUGUUUCCUCCAGCAUCUUCAUAAGGUCCUUUGCUGUUGUUCUGAGAUUGAUUUGCACUUUUCGCACCAAAGUACGUUCAUCUCUAGGAGACAGAAAACAUCUCCUUCCUGAGCGGUAUGACGGCUGCGUGGUCCCAUGGUGUUUAUACUUGCUUACUAUUGUUUGUACAGAUGAACGUGGUACCUUCAGGCAUUUGGAAAUUGCUCCCAAGGAUGAACCAGACUUGUGGAGGUCAAAUUGUUUUUUGCUGAGGUCUUGGCUGAUUUAUUUUGAUUUUCCCAUGAUGUCAAGCAAAGAGGCACUGAGUUUGAAGGUAGGCCUUGAAAUACAUCCACAGGUACACCUCCAAUUGACUCAAAUGAUGUCAAUUAGCCUAUCAGAAACUUCUAAAGCCAUGACAUAAUUUCCUGGAAUUUUCCAAGCUGUUUAAAGGCACAGUCAACUUAGUGUAUGUAAACUUCUGACCCACUGGAAUUGUGAUACGGUGAAUUAUAAGUGAAAUAAUCCGUCUGUAAACAAUUGUUUGAAAAAUUACUUGUGUCAUGCACAAAGUAGAUGUCCUAACCGACUUGCCAAAACUAUAGUUUGUUAACAAGACAUUUGUGGAGUGGUUGAAAAACGAGUUUUAAUGACUCCAACCUAAGUGUAUGUAAACUUCCAACUUCAACUGUAAGUACAGCUACAGUAAGUAAGUACAGCUACAGCAAUUCUGUCUCUGCUUAGAUAUUUACUGCAAUUAACUGUUAGUUAUCUGGCAUCAUGCCGAAAGUCACUGCUCCGUCUAUCACUAUUCAUUGAAACUAUGUUGUUGUUGUUUUCCUAUGCAGGUCGUCAUAGACUUGGACAAGUCCACUUAUUCUCUGCGGCUUCAGUCACGUGACCACCUCAGUCAUGUGGUCAGCCACGUUAACUUUGCCCUGUCCAGAAUAUUCAACAACUCUGUUUUCUCGUAAGUGUCCAUUUUCAGGCAGCAUAGACUCCUGUACCAGACAGCUUUGAAACCCAGCAAAUGAUAAGUAAUGUUAGCUAUUAUGCCCCUUCUGAAACUCAAACCUCCUUUGUCCCCUCUCUCUCUCAGUCCCUCCAUCUGUCAUUCAGACAGUGACCUUUCUGAGGGAAGCAGGAAGUACUCCCCCAGCUCAGAGACGUCUGUGGAAACCCAGAGGGCCUGUGGUAAGAGACGCACAGACAGGCAGGCAGGCAGGCAGACAGACGGACACAGAUAUACAAACUGCAUAAGAGACUAGAUUCUAGUUGAUGAUAGACAGGAAAUUGUUGAGUAACUUGAAACGAGAGGCUGAAAGCAGGUCCUCAUUAAGAGACUAAUAGAUAGAGAAACCCACUGCACUGCGUACAGUACAUAUUUUAAAGUUAAUUCUUUACUUUUUACACAGACAUUGUAAACAUAGGGUAAAUGCACUGCUGUCAUCUCUAUUUUAUCUCUCUCAUCGAAACAAACACCUGCUCUGUACCCAUGCCCUCUAGUGGCCUCAUGGGUGGAAUGUUAUUAAUACUUUUCAUAAUUUAAUAAUGAAUCAACAUAAUUGUAUCCAGUGUUUCUAUGUCAAACGGUUUUGUUAUAUUUCAAGUCAGUCUUCUGUGAUGUACAGUAUAUAAAGUGUGAUAUUGGGAUGCAAACUCAAAAUUGAGUACAUUUCAACUCUAUAUCUGACAUGGUACAGGUGUCUUCUUUUUUUAAGCCCAUAACCAUGUGUGUGAGGUGUAUACUUUUGUUUCAAAGUAGAUUUGUUUAAGACUACCAAGAAACACUCUGUGUGACCCUGAUUUAUAUAUUUCUUAAUUCCAUUCUUAUACUUUUAGAUUUGUGUGUAUUGUUGUGAAUUGUUAGAUUCUACUGCACUGUUGGAGCUAGGAACACAAGCAUUUCACUACACCCGCAAUAACAUCUGCUAAAUAUGUGUAUGUGACCAAUCAAAUUCGAUUUGAUUUAGCCCAAUGCAGUAAAAGGUUAAAACCCUCCUCUCUCACCAUCAUCUAUUUUUCUUCCUCACUGUCCGUCUCAGGAGGGUUUUCCGAGACCUACGCUGCCCUGUGUGACUACAAUGGAAUCAGCUGCAAGGAGGAAGUGCAGUGGGUAAGAGCUAUGGGAGUAGACCUGUUGUGUGUUAGUGCACUGGACUGUUAAAGUGCUUUCAGAAAGUAUUCAUACCACUUGACUUAUUCCACAUUUUGUUGUGUUACAGCCUGAAUUCAAAAUGGAUUAAUAUGAUUUUUUUCACCCAUCUACACACAAUACCCUAUAAUGACAAAGUGAAAACAAUUUUUGUAAAUGUUUGCACAUUUAUUGAAAAUUAAAUACAUAAAUAUCUCAUUUACAUAAGUAUUCACACUUCUGAGUCAAUAUAUGUUAGAAUCACCUUUGGCAGCAAUUACAGCUGUGAGUCUUUCUAGGUAAGUCUCUAACAGCUUUGCACACCUGGAUUGUACAAUAUUUACACAUUAUUCUUUUAAAAAGUCUUCAAGUUGAUCAUUGCUAGAUAGCCAUUUUCAAGUCUUGCAUUAGAUUUUCAAGCCGAUUUAAGUAAAAACUGUAACUCGGCCGCUCAGGAAUAUUCAAUGUCGUCUUGGUAAGCUACUCCAGUAUAUAUUUGACCUUGUGUUUUAGGUUGUUGUCCUGCUGAAAGGUGAAUUUGUCUCCCAGUGAAAGCAGACUGAACCAGGUUUUCCUCUAGGAUUUUGCCUGUGCUUAGCUCAAUUCCGUUUCUUUUUAUCCUAAAAAAACGAUCUAGUCCUUUCUGAUGACAAGCAUAACCAUAACAUGUGCAGCCACCACCAUGCUUAAAAAAGUGGUACUCAGUGAUGGUUGUGUUGGAUUUGCCCCAAACAUAACACUUUGUAUUCAGGACAUAAAGUUAAUUACUUUAGAGCCUUAUUGCAAACAGGAUGCAUGUUUUCAGUUUUCUCCUAUCACAGCCAUUAAACUCUGUAAUUUAAAGUCAUCAUUGGUUUCAUGGUGAAAUCCCAGAGCGGUUUCCUUCCUCUCCGGCAACUGAGUUAGGAAGGAUGCCUGUAUCUUUGUAGUUAAUGGGUGUAUUGAUACACCAUCCAAAGUGUAAUGAAAACUUCACCAUGCUCAAAGGGAUAUUCAAUGUCUGCUUUUUUUUUUACCCAUCUCCCAAUAGGUGCCCUUCUUUGCGAGGCAUUGGAAAACCUCCCUGAUCUUUGUGAUUCAAUCUGUGUUUGAAAUCCACUGCUAGACUGAGGGACCUUACAGAUAAUUGUAUGUUUGGGGUACAGAGAUGAGGUAGUCAUUCAAAAAUCAUGUUAAAAACUAUUAUUGCACACAGAAUAAGUCCAUGCAACCUAUUAUGUGAUUUAACCUAUUAUGUGAUUUGUUAAGCACAUUUUUACUCCUGAACUUAUUUAGGCUUGCCGUAACAAAGGGGUUGAAUACUUAUUAACUCAAGACGUUUCAGCUUUCCAUUUUUGAUUAAUUUGUUAAGAUUUAUAAUCACAUAAUUCCACUUUGACAUUAUGGGGUAUUUUGUGUAGGCCAGUGACACAACAUCUCAAUGUAAUCCCUUUUUAAUUCAGGCUCUAACACAACAAAAUUUGGAAAAAGCUAAGGGGUGUGUAUACUUUCGGAAGGCACUGCACUUUCAAAUGAGGGGUCAUAUACUAUAGCAAGUGGACUCAUGGGUAAUCUUGCUCCUAGGAUGUGGACACUAUCUAUCACUCUCAAGACAACAGGGAGUUUAAUCUAGUGGACUUCAGCCACCUGGAGAGCAGGUGAGAGAAGGGGAGAGGGAGAGAAAGAAAGAGAGCAGACGCUAUCAAAUUGAUGCUGCUGCAGCCUAAAUAAAUCCAGUUGCUAAAUUGAUAUCAAGGGUAUUAUGAAAUGUACCUGUUUCGAUUCAGUUAUUGUUGUGUGUUUGACAGGGACUUGGCAGUGAUUGUGGCCUCAAUGGCAUACAACACCUGGUUCACCAAACUAUACUGUAAGGACCUACGCAUAGUAAGUAUCCUUCUGUCUGUCUCUCCUUGUGUUUCAAUGGUAAUUGAUAUGCAGAAGUUAUAAGCAUGUAAUGACAUGAGAUCAUUUUCAUUUCAGGGGUCAGAGGUCAGUGAGCAGGUUCUGCACACACUCAGUAAGUCCUCCAGUCUGGCAGAGCUCACACUGGAGAAUGCUGGUCUCAAAUCGUGAGUUUUCCUUUCUUCACAAAACUCUCCUACUCUUUUUUUUAUGAAUAAAAAGGGUAUUAGAACUAUAGAAAUAGUGUUUGUUUGUGUCAUUGUGUCUAUGUCCAAAUAUGUUUACUGUAUACUGUGUAUGUUGCAGUGACUUUGCGCAGAAGCUGUCAGUUGCGCUCUCAGAGAAUCCUGCUUCUGUCAUCCACUCUCUGAACUUGGCCCACAACACGCUGGACAACCAAGGUACCAAGCAGAUGCCUUAUUUCCUGUUAGUCUCACACACUUGCCUAUUUCUGUUUUAGUGACAUCUCUCCUCCCUCUGUCUCUCUCCUUUGGUGUAGGUGUGUCUAACCUCAUCCAGCAGGUGUGUCGUCUCAGCAAAGGACUGCGUCUCCUCAACCUCUCCAAGACCUCCCUCAACUCCAGAGGUUUGGACUGCUUCAUCUCUCCAUCCUUCCAUCUGUCAAUCUCUCUACCAGCCCCACCCAGAGAGAAGGCCCCACCUUCCUGUCCUCCUCCAUGUUACAGAAGCAUCCUCAUCCCCUCAGCGACCCUGACAUUAAUACAGGGCAGUAACUCAGCAGACGGGGACAGUCAGCUGGAUAAUCAGUUAAUGAACACUUUCAACUGCGUUUGAGUUUAAUGAAGCUGCAACAGCUGAUUGAACAGGCCACUAAGCCAUGCAUGCUAGGUGAUAUAAACCUCUGUACCUCCUGUAAGUCCCCCCUGAACAGCUCAGUGUGUUGUCCUGUUUUGUGUCUGCUAUACAACAGCUUCAAGAUUGACGAUGUGUCCCCAUGGUAACCAUCUUUCAGGCAACCAGGCUCUCUAUUACUUCCCCCACUUAUUGAGAGUUUGAAUACUGAAUAUUGAAUUAAGAAUGAUACUGCACACAUUUACACAGACUGCUUCUGCUGACAGAUGCAGGUGAGAAUCACAUAAUUCAAAAUGUUCUGAAAUGUUUUUUUCCCCUCUUUGGUAAAUUUGCAUUAGCUAGCUGAAUGCAUCUCUCAUGGCUUCCCCCUCACUCUCUGUGUGUCUCAGGUGUGGUGUCUCUGUCUCAGGCUCUGUGCUCCAGUGAUGAGUAUUCCAACUCUCUACUGCACCUGGACCUGAGCAAGAACCCUGGAGUCCUGUCUGGGGAGGACGCUUCGGUCAGAAAACACAUACACACAUAUACACACAUAUAUACACGCAUACACUGAGUGUACAAAAUAUUAGGAACACCUGCUCUUUCCAUGACAUAGACUGACCAGGAGAAUCCAGGUGAAAGCUAUGAUCCCUUAUUGAUGUCACCUGUUAAAUCCACUUUAAUCAGUGUAGAUGAAGGGGAGAAGGCAGGUUAAAGAAGGAUUUUUAAGCCUUGAGACAAUUGAGACAUGGAUUGUGUAUGUGUGCCAUUCAGAGGGUGAAUGGGCAAGACAAAAUAUUGAAGUGCCUUUGAACGGCACCUUGUAGUCCACGCCUAACGAACUGAGGCCAAAGGGGGUGCAACUCAAUAUUAGCAAGGUGUUCCUAACAUUUUGUAAACUCAGUGUACGUACACUCACACUUUGUAUACAAACCAACAGGAAAGUAUAUGCAGUGCUUAUGCCUUAUGCAUGAGUUUCUCAGUUUAACAUUAGCGUCUUUUCUCUCUCUUUCUGUAGAAUCUGUACCUUUUCCUGUCCCAGCCUAAUUGUCUGGUCCAUUUGGACCUGUCUGACACUGACUGUGCUGUUGACUCUGUGAGUAUCUAGUGGCUCUGCGAGUUAGAUUUGAACUUGCUUAUAUAAUGUAGGAUUGAAUGAGUUUCUCUACACCCUUUGCAACCUCUGUCUCUGUUUUUCAUCCUCUAUAAUCCUCAACCCCUGUAUCUUUCUCUCUCCCACUAAAACUGCACAACACAACUGUCUCUCCUCUCUCACAUAGCUAUUUGGGGCUCUGCUGAGGGGGUGUUGUGCUGAUCUCUCCUACCUGAAUCUCUCCAAAAAUUCCUUCUCACACAGGUUAGUCACAUACUUUAGAUUAACUAUUUCUUUGGUGUGAUGUGGCAGAAAAAUGCUUUGAGGCUCUGAGUGAAGAUAGAACACUAAUUUUAGCAAUAAAUCUUUUUUUCUUCAAAUAUCCUCAGGCUUCAUCUUUUGCUCUCUCUUUUUCUGUUCACUCUCUCUAUCUGUCUUUUUCUCUGUUGCUCCCUCAAAUGAGAAAUCAGAAAUGAGCUUUGUGGGAAUCACUGGAACAUUGUGUUUCCUCUCUGUGGGUGUGUCUGUCGUUUUUAAAACGAGAACUUGCAAAGCUGUCUGCAUAGAUAAGACUCAUGAAUAUUUAAGCAGAGCUAUUUAUCAUCUGACCCCACUUGCUCCCUCCUCUUUGACCAACUCCAUUUUCUCUCUCUUUCUCAUUUCGUCUCAAUCCUCUCUCCACUUCAUACCACUCUUUUGUAUUUUUUCUGCCUAUCAACAACUUAACCACUCGCCUUCUAUUGCUUUUCCCUCCCACUCUCCAUCUAUACCUCCUCUCCCUCUCCCUCUCCUCUCGUUCAUCUCCCUCUGACCUCUCUCCUCUCCCAGGAAAGUGAAGGAGACCCUGCCGUUGUUCCGUCAGUUCUUUAGCUCGGCCUUCAGCCUCACCCAUGUCAGCCUGGCCUCUAUGAAGCUGCCCCCUGAUGCCUUGAGGUCAGUUCCCCUAUUCUCCUUUUCUCCCCUGCACUCUAUCACAUGCCUACAGCUCACUAGAAUGACAGGGGCAAGGCUAGCUGCACAACACACACUGGUCACUAUGGCACUUGAGACUGAGUUAAAGGGUGUGAAUUUCCAGACAAAGAAGGAAGCAAAACGGUCUUUGUUGUUGUAAGACAGGUCAAUACCCUUUCCACCUAUCACAUAUUAUUUUUAUUUUCUUCCCUCUCUGUCUUUCUUUAGGUCUCUUUUCAUAGGUCUGACCACAAACCCUCACAUUAAUGACCUUCACCUGGACAUCAGUGGCUGUGAGGUACAAGUCUGUCUUUCUGUCUGUCUGUCACUCUGCACACAGAACAUUCAAUUCCUGCUGGCCUUUAUAAUUUCCCAUCUAUAUCUCUCUGUCAUUCAUUUCUUAUGUUUCAAGUAAGGACUUACUGUACAGUAGGUAUACAUGGAGACUAUCUUUUCUCAAGGUCUUGUCUUAUUGUGCUUUGAAAGUCCUCCUCCUUUCACACAUGUUGUCUCUGUCUCUGUCUCUCUCUCUGUUCCAGCUGAAGUCUGCAGGAGCUGCUGUGAUCCAGGAGCUGUUCCCCAGGGUCUCCUCCAUCGCCACCCUGGACAUCUCAGACAAUGGUGAGCACAACGACAGACUGCACCACUAUGGCACAGACCCAAAGAGGUUUUGAAUGGAUCGCGAGUGUCUGAGUAAAAAAAUAUUCCUGUGUGAACUUAAAUGACUUAAACCAGGUAGAAAGUGUGUAGAAAUGAUAAUGAACUUACAUUUUUACAUAAUGUAAUCUCUGAACAAUUUUUCGUCAAUCACAGAAUUUUCGAUAUAGAGCUAUUAGCAGCACUAUUUUGGUUGGUUUUGUGGUCUCAAGCCAGCGAGUUCUUCAACAUUCUUCAUCAAGAAUAUGGGUAAAAUGUAGUUAUUGACACUGAAAGAGGGAAUGGGAAUGUUGUUACCUUGUCAUAUUAUUGCUACAUUUACUAUCAAUAUAGCAUUAAAAAUAGUUUUCCAGAUUGCAUUUUGGCCAUUAUUUUUCGCGAUGCAAAUAUUGGGUCGCGACUGAGACAACCUGGUUAAAUUUGGGUCCCGUGGCAAAACUAGUUGAGAACCACUGCUGUACACCACUGUGGCACACACUGGCACUCUGCACCACUCAGUCAGAUUGUUUUGUGUGAGGUGGUUGUUUGUGUUUGAACACGUUUUGUAUGAGGGGGCUGUGUGCUUAAUACUUUUGAGCUAGUUUUGGAUUUGUGGGGGCUGUGUAUUUGUUUUUGUAUUUAUUAAGGAUCCCCAUUAGCUGCUGUCAAGGCAGCAGCUACUCUUCCUGGGGUCCUGCAACAUUAAGGCAGUUAUAUACAGUUACAAAUAUUACAUGACAUUACAUUUCAUAACACUUUUCACAACACAUUAAGUGUGUUCCCUCAGGCUACUACUCUAAUACCACAUAUCUACAAUACAAAAUCUAUGUGUACGUGUGUGUGCCUGUGUGUGUGUGUCUUCACAGUCCCCGCUGUUCCUUAAGGUGUAAUGUUGUCUGUUUUUUAAAUCUGACUCUACUGCUUGCAUCACUUACCUGAUGUGGAAUAGAGUUCCAUGUAGCCUUGGCUCUACGUUGUACUGUGCGUCUCCCAUAGUCUGUUCUUGACUUGGGGAUUGUGAAGAGACCUCUGGUGGCAUGUCUUGUGGGGUAUGCAUGGGUGUCCGAGCUGUGUGCUAGUAGUUUCAACAGACACCUCGGUGCAUUCAGCAUGUCAACACUUCUUACAAAAACAAGUAGUGAUGAAGUCAAUCUCUCCUCCACUUUGAGCCAUGAGAGAUUUACAUGUAUAUUAUUAAUGUUAGCUCUCUGUGUACAUUUAAGGGCCAGCCGUGCUGCCCUGUUCUGAACCAAUUGUAAUUUUCAGAGAUCCCGCUUUGUGGCACCUGACCACAUGACUGAACAGCAGUCCAGGUACGACAAAACUAGAGCCUGUAGGACCUGCCUUGUUGAUAGUGUUGUUAAAAAGGCAGAAUACCGCUUUAUUAUGGACAGACUUCUCCCCAUUUUAGCUACUGUUGUAUCAACAUGUUUUGACCAUGACGAUCCAGGGUUACUCCAAGCAGUUUAGUCACCUCAACUUGCUCAAUUUCAACAUUAUUUAUUACAAGAUUAAGUUGAGGUUUAGGGUUUAGUGAAUGAUUUGUCCCAAAUACAAGGCUUUUAGUUUUUGAAAUAUUUAGGACUAACUUAUUCCUUGCCACCCAUUCUGAAACUAACUGCAACUCUUUGUUAAGUGUUGCAGGGAUUUCACUCACUGUAGUAGCUGACGUGUAUAAUGUUGAGUCAUCCGCAUACAUAGACACACUGGCUUUACUCAAAGCCAGUGGCAUAUCAUUAGUAAAGAUUGAAAAAAGUAAGGGGCCUAGACAGCUGACUUGGGGAAUUCCUGAUUCUACCUGGAUUAUGUUGGAUAGGCUUCCAUUAAAGAACACCCUCUGUGUUCUGUUAGACAGGUAACUCUUUAUUCACAAUAUACAGUGCCUUCGGAAAGUAUUCAGACCCCUUGACUUUUUCCACAUUUUGUUACGUUACAGCCUUAUUCUAAAAUGGAUUAAAUAAAUACAAAUCCUCAGAAAUUCCUUAUUUACAUAAGUAUUCAGACCCUUCGCUAUGAGACUCGAAAUUGAGCUCAGGUGCAUCCUGUUUCCAUUGAUCAUCCUUGAGAAAAAAACAAUUUAAUCAAUUUUAGAAUAAAGCUGUAACGUAACAAAAUGUGAAAAAGGUCAAGGGGUCUGAAUACUUUCCGAAGGCACUGUAGCAGGGGGUGUAAAGCCAUAAUAUAUACAUUUUUCCAGUAGCAGACUAUGAUCGAUAAUGUCAAAAGCCGCACUGAAGUCUAACAGAACAGCUCCCAAAAUCUUAUCAUCAAUUUCUCUCAGCCAAUCAUCAGACAUUUGUGUAAGUGCCGUGGUUGUUGAAUGUCCUUCCCUAUAAGCGUGCUGAAAGUCUGUUGUCAAUUUGUUUACAGUAAAAUAGCAUUGUAUCUGGUCAAACACAAUUUUUUCCAAAGGUUUACUAAGGGUUGGUAACAGGCUGAUUGGUCGGCUAUUUGAGCCAGUAAAGGGGGCUUUACUAUUCUUGGUUAGCGGAAUUACUUUUGCUUCCCUCCAGGCCUGAGGGCGCACACUUUCUAGUAGGCUUAGAUUGAAGAUAUUGCAAAUAGGAGUGGCGAUAUUGUCCGCUAUUAUCCUCUGUAAUUUUCCAUCCAAGUUGUCAGACCCCGGUGGCUUGUCAUUGCUGAUAGACAAUAAUACUUUUUUCACCUCUUCCUCACUCACUUUACAGAAUUCAAAAUUACAAUGCUUGUCUUUCAUAAUUUGAUCAGUUAUACUUGGAUGUGUAGUGUCAGCGUUUGUUGCUGGCAUGUCAUGCCUAAGUUUGCUAAUCUUGCCAAUGAAAAAAUCAUUAAGGUAAUUGGCAAUAUCAGUGGGUUUUGUGAUGAAUGAGCCAUCUGAUUCAAUGAAUGAUGGAACUGAGUUUGCAUUUUUGCCCAAAAUGUCAUUUAAGGUGCUCCAAAGCUUUUUACUAUAAUUCUUUAUAUAAUUUAUCUUUGUUUCAUUGUUUAGCUUCUUCUUCUUUUUAUUCAGUUUAGUCACAUGAUUUCUCAAUUUGCAGUACGUUUGCCAAUCGGUUGUGCAGCCAGACUUAUUUGCCAUUCCUUUUGCCUCAUCCCUCUCAACCAUACAAUUUUUCAAUUCCUAAUCAAUGCAUGUGGAUUGAAUCGUUUUUACAGUCAUUUUCUUAAUGGGUGCAUGCUUAUUAGUAAAGCAAUUUCAUAAAUGUGUCAAGUGCAGCGUUUGAUUGCUCCUCAUUACACACCACAGACCAACAAAUAUUAUUUACAUCAUUUACAUUUACAUUUUAGUCAUUUAGCAGACGCUCUUAUCCAGAGCGACUUACAGUUAGUGCAUACAUUAUUUUUUUUCAUACCCCCUGUGGGAAUGAAUCAUCAACAUAGGAAUCACUACAAAUAUUAUUGUAUGACCUCUUAUACACUAUAUUAGGCCCAGCCUUUGGAACUUUGGUUUUCCUAGAUAUGGGUACUAUAUUGUGAUCACUACAUCCGAUGGAUUUGGAUACUGCUUUAAAGCAAAUUUCUACAACAUUAGUAAAGAUGUAAUCAAUACAUGUUGAUGAUUUCAUUCCAGUGCUGUUUGUAACUACCCUGGUAGGUUGACUGAUAACCUGAACCAGGUUGCAGGCACUGGUUACAGUUUGAAGCUUUUUCUUGAGUGGGCAGCUUGAUGAAAGCCAGUCAAUAUUUAAAUCACCCAGAAAAUGUACCUCUGUUAAUAUCACAUACAUUAUCAAGCAUUUCUUACAUGUUAUCCAGAUACUGACUGUUAGCACUUGGUGGUCUAUAGCAGCUUCCUACAAGAAUGGGCUUUAGGUGAGGCAGAUGAACCUGUAGCCAUAUUACUUCAACAGUAUUUAACAUGAGUUCCUCUCUAAGCUUUACAGGAAUGUGGUUUUGAUUAUAAACAUCAACACCUCCACCAUAGGUAUUUAAGUAUUUUCUGUAGAGGUUAUAACCAUGUAUUGCUACCACUGUAUCAUCAAAGGUAUUAUCUAAGUGGGUUUCAGAGAUAGUCAGAAUAUGAAUGUCAUCUGUUACUAGCAAGUUACUGAUUUCAUGAACCUUGUUUCUUAAGCUACAUAUGUUAAUGUGGGCUAUUUUUAGUACUUUUCUGGAAUGCUUGAUUGUUUUCAUUGCUUUACUGGGAAGCUUAGCAGAAGCAGACAUGCUCAUGUUAUUUAUGUUAGUGCAGGGUGAGCUGCACACAGUGGACUUCCUACUAGGGCACACCGCCUCAGUGCUAACAGUAUAACUCUGGUUCAUAGGCACAUGAUUAGGGAAAGGGAAAGGGAGAUACCUAGUCAGUUGUACAACUGAAUGCAUUCAACUGAAAUGUGUCUUCCACAUUUAACCCCUUUGAAUCAGAGAGUUGCGGGGGGCUGCCUUAAUCGACAGCCACGUCAUCGAUUACUGCAUACAAUAGCUGUAGGAUCAGCAGGGCAGUUAGAGGGACAUAAAUUAGGUUACUUACAUUGUGUCUACCAACGCCCCUGGGAUAAUGUAUAUUUGCUGAAGCAUUAUUACAACUCAGCGACACAAUGGUAGGGAUUUACUGAGCUAGGCUUGGGUCAUUGCUAAGUCAUUGUUUCAACGCAGCCUUAUAAUGCAGUGAAAUUAUCCAGGAACCCAAAUUAUUCGGGUGGAUCCCAUCCUCCUUAUAAAACGUGUUUUGUUUCGAAAAGGUAUCGAAAUUGUCAACAAAAGUUACACCCAUUGAGCUGCAAUAAUCACGUAGCCAGUUGUGAAGAAAAAGUGUAUGUUUGAUGUCGUUUUGUUUGUGGUUUGUGUUUACAGGGCUGGAUGCAGACCUUCUCUCAGUUCUACCAGCUCUCUCCAGACACACCUCCCUAAAGCACCUGUAUCUGGGCAAGAACUUCAACAUCAAGAGCAGGUACAGUACUACAGAGGCACAGUGGGUGUGUGGUUGUGUGUGUGUGUGCACGUUCAUGUGUGUGCGUGUGUCAGCUUGAUUUUCCUCAGGCAGACUGGGAUGAUUACGAUAGCGGCAGGAAAUGACUAGUGCCAGAGCUCCUGCUGAGUGUAGCCUGAACUGCCUCUCUCUCUAUCUACAGGGUGCUGGAGGAAAUCCUACAGAAGCUGGUCCAACUCAUACAGGAGGAGGAGUGUGUGAGUGAGAAUGCGUCACAAUUCACACAACACUCACACAUUACACAAUAUAAUAUUAUAUUUUAUAUUCACUGAUUGUACUGCGGAGUAUAUACACAAACGCACAAACACUAUACACGUUCAUAUACUCAAUGAAAACUCAUGGUCAAAUAUUGACAUUCACCAUACUGUAUUUUACAUGGUACUCUCUCAUACAUACUCUUUAUUUUCUACAGUAGUGUUUUCCUUAGUGUAAAUCAAUCCAUGGCCCUGUUACUGUGGGCUGUAACAUAUUAUGCCUUCUGAAUUAUUCAUGUUGUGUACAAAGCUAUGUGACACAUUGCUCUGUGUAUUACAAAUGCUGAGUUCCUCAGUUUCUCCUCAGCACUGCUCCCAACUGUUCCCAGCAGCAUUUAACCAUCUCUCUCCACUGUCAUCUUCUUCUCCUCUAUUUUUCUGUCCUACCCUCUUCUUCUACUUUACCUUUCCCCUGGUCUCCACCGUUACCCCUCACCCAACCUUCUCACCCCCUCUGCCUUGCCCUCUCCCGUCUCCCUCCCUCCCCACCCUUUCUCUCCCCUCUUCCCUGUCCCUCCCCAGGCUCUCCAGUCCCUCUCCCUGGCUGACUCGCGGCUGCGUUCUCGGGGCACAGUGCUGGUAAACGCUCUGGGCAGCAACACCUGUCUGCGUAAGGUGGACCUGAGUGGGAACAGCCUGGAGGACAUUGGAGCCAAGAUGCUGAGCAAAGCCCUGCAGAUCAACACCACACUCAGGCAAGAGACCGAGAGCGGGAAGGAGAGAGAUAGAGGGUAUUGUCAGGUAUGGUGAUGGUUGUUUUUAACACUGCCUCUCCCCUGUCCUGACAGGAGUGUGACGUGGGAUCGUAACAACACCUCAGCUACAGGAUUCCUGGAUGUGGCUCGAGCCCUUGAACAGUGAGACUAUUUGUUCAUCAAACACACACAUGCAUGCUUGCACACAUACACACACACGCUCAGACUUCUAAAUCCGUUAUAGCUCACUAUAGCUUAUUUUACAGACCCCUUUGAUGAAUUUGUAUGCUCAAAAUACAGGAAGCAAGAGAGUUGAUAUAAAUAGGUUCCAAGAGACAUGGGGAUGCCUGAAGCUAUGUGUAAUUUAAAUGUCCUGUUGUUCAGAGAGUAUUUUCAGAAUUAGCUGGCUAAUAUAUCAACUCAGAUACACGUGAACCAAACCUAGCUUACUGUACACAUUGAUACUUGCUAUCUCAAACGGCUUAGGUUUGCGUUUAGUCUACAGAUCACAUUAGCUGCAAUAAUCAAAGCAUUACUCAUCCUAUCACAGUCCAGCAGGAUAUUUUGGGAUGAAUUCUUGUGAUGAAGGGGUAUUUUGGGAGGAAUUCUGUCCACUGGGAAUAUUAACCCUUACCCUUGGGUCUGUAACUCAAUUUUCUGUAGCUCACUCUCUGCCUCCUUCCUUUCUCUGUCUCCUUCCUUUCUCUGUCUCCUUCCUUUCUCUGUCUCCUUCCUUUCUCUGUCCCCUUCCUUUCUCUAUCCCAUUCCUUUCUCUGACCCCUUCCUUUCACUGUCUCCUUCCUUUCUCUGACCCCUUCCUUUCACUGUCUCCUUCCUUUCACUGCCUCCUUCCUUUCUCUGUCUCCUUCCUUUCUCUGUCUCCUUCCUUUCUCUGUCUCCUUCCUUUCUCUAUCCCAUUCCUUUCUAUGUCCCCUACCUUUAUCUGUCUCCUUCCUUUCUGCAUCUCCUUCCUAACUCAAACCCCUUCUCUUUCGCUCACCUUCGGUGUGUUCUCUCCCAGUAACUUCACCUUGCAGUACAUGCCCCUCCCCCUCAGUGACAUCAGUCAGGCGUUCCGUAGCUCCGCCGAGAGGACAGAGCAGGCACUGACCAAGGUGGGCUCCUUAUGCUUCCAUCUCAAUCCUCCCUCCAACCCUCCGUUAAACAUCCACUCCUUUCCUUUGCCUCUCUAUUUCAUCUCCUUUCCUUCACUGCUUCUUUUCUCUACUGGCACCAUCAUUCUCUCUCACUCCCUGCCCUUUCCAUUUCAAUUGACUCUGCUUCAUUGACAUUUUCACACAGUAGUAUUGCCUGUGUGAGUGAAUGUUUUUUUAAAUCUGUGGCCAUCAGAUCCAGCGUGCUCUGCUGAGGAACAACCAGACUCAGCGCUUCUCUCAGAGACAGGCUCUACGGCUGCACCAGGGCCUGGUCACCAGCACUGCUGAACAGGUAGCUAAUGUAUACAGUACCAGUCAAAAGUUUGGAAACACCUACUCAUUCCAGGGUUUUUCUUUAUUUUUACUAUUUUCUACAUUGUAGAAUAAUAGUGAAGACACCAAAACAAUUAAAUAACACAUGUAGUAACCAAAAAAGUGUUAAACAAAUACAAAUAUAUUUGAGAUUUGAGAUUCUUCAAAUAGCCACCCUUGGCCUUGAUGACAGCUUUGCACACUCUUGGCAUUCUCUCAACCAGCUUCAUCUGGAAUGCUUUUCCAACAGUCUUGAAGGAGUUCCCACAUAUGCUGAGCACUUGUUGGCUGCUUUUCCUUCACUCUGCGGUCAGACUCAUCCCAAACCAUCUCAAUUGGGUUUAGGUUGGGGGAUUGUGGAGGCCAGGUCAUCUGAUGCAGCACUCCAUCACAUUCCUUAUUGGUAAAAUAGCCCUUACACAGCCUGGAGGUAUGUUGGGUCAUUGUUCUGUUGAAAAACGAAUGAUAGUCCCACUAAGCCCAAACCAGAUGGGAUGCUGGUUAAGUGUGCCUUGAAUUCUAAAUAAAUCACAGACAGUGUCACCAGCAAAGCACCCCCACACCAUAACAUAUCCUCCUCCUCCAUGCAUUACGGUGGGAAAUACACAUGCAGAGAUCAUCUGUUCACCCACACCGCAUCUCACAAAGCCAUGGUGGUUGCAACCAAAAAUCUCCAAUUUGGACUCCAGAACAAAGGACAGAUUUCCACCGUUCUAAUGUCCAUUGCUCGUGUUUCUUGGCCAACCAUUACUAAAGGACACCAAUACGAAGAAGAGACUUGCGUCUCUUCUUCGUAUUGGUGUCCUUUAGUAAUGGUUUCUUUGCAGCAAUUCGACCAUGAAGGCCUGAUUCACACAGUCUCUGAACAGUUGAUGUUGAGAUGUGUCUGUUACUUGAACUCUGUGAAGCAUUUAUUUGGGCUGCAAUUUCUGAGGCUGGUAACUAAUUAACUUAUCCUCUGCAGCAGAUGUAACUCUGGGUCUUCCAUUCCUGUGGAGGUCCUCAUGAGAGCCAGUAUCAUCAUAGCACUUGAUGGUUUUUGAGACUGCACUUGAAGAAACUUUCAAAGUUCUUGACAUUUUCCGCAUUGACUGACCUUCAUGUCUUAAAGUAAUGACGGACAGUUUUUUCUCUUUGCUUUGUUGAGCUGUUCUUGCCAUAAUAUGGACUUGGUCUUUUACCAAAUAGGGCUAUCUUCUGUAUACUCCCCCCUACCUUGUCACAACACAACUGAUUGGCUCAAACGCAUUAAGAAGCAAAGAAAUUCCACAAAUUAACUUUUAAGAAGGCACACCUGUUAAUUGAAAUGCAUUCCAGGUGACUAUCUCAUGAAGCUUGUUGAGAGAAUGCCAAGAGUGUGCAAAGCUGUCAUCAAGGCAAAGGGUGGCUAUUUGAAGAAUCUCAAAUAUACAGUGGCUUGCGAAAGUAUUCACCCCCCUUGGCAUGUUUCCUAUUUUGUUGCCUUACAACCUGGAAUUAAAAUUGAUUUUUGGGGGGUUUGUAUCAUUUGAUUUACACAACAUGCCUACCACUUUGAAGAUGCAAAAUACUUUUUUUUGUAAAAUAAACAAGAAAUAAGACCGAAAAACAUCAAACUUGAGCAUGCAUAACUAUUCAUCCCCCCCCCUCCAAAGUCAAUACUUUGUAGAGCCAACUUUUGCAGCAAUUACAGCUACAAGUCUCUUGGGGUAUGUCUCUAUAAGCGUGGCACAUCUAGUCACUGGGAUUUUUGCCCAUUCUUCAAGGCAAAACUGCUCCAGCUCCUUCAUGUUGGAUGGGUUCUGCUGGUGUACAGCAAUCUUUAAGUCAUACCACAGAUUCUCAAUUGGAUUGAAGUCUGGGCUUUGACUAGGCCAUUCCAAGACAUUUUAAUGUUUCCCCUUAAACCACUCGAGUGUUGCUUUAGCAGUAUGCUUAGGGUCAUUGUCCUGCUGGAAGGUGAACCUCUGUCCCAGUCUCAAAUCUCUGGAAGACUGAAACAGGUUUCCCUCAGGAAUUUCCCUGUAUUUAGCGCCAUCCAUCAUUCCUUCAAUUCUGACCAGUUUCCCAGUCCUUGCCGAUGAAAAACAUCCCCACAGCAUGAUGCUGCCACCACCAUGCUUCAAUGGGGAUGGUGUUCCUGGGGUGUUGGGAGGUGUUGGGUUUGCGCCAGACAUAGCGUUUUCCUUGAUGGCUAAAAAGCUCAAUUUUAGUCUCAUCUAACCAGAGUACCUUCUUCCAUAUGUUUGGGGAGUCUCCCACAUGGCUUUUGGCGAACACCAAACAUGUUUGCCUAUUUUUAACUUUAAGCAAUGACUUUUUUCCGGCCACUCUUCCAUAAAGCCCAGCUCUGUGGAGUGUAUGGCUUAAAGUGGUCCUAUGGACAGAUACUCCAAUCUCCGCUGUGGAGCUUUGCAGCUCCUUCAGGGUUAUCUUUGGUCUCUUUGUUGCCUCUCUGAUUAAUGCCCUCCUUGCCUGGUCUGUGAGUUUUGAUGGGCGGCCCUCUCUUGGCAGGUUUGUUGUGGUGCCAUAUUUUUUCAAUUUUUAAAUAAUGGAUUUAAUGGUGCUCCGUGGGAUGUUCAAAGUUUUUGAUAUUUUUUUUAUAACCCAACCCUGAUCUGUACUUCUCCACAACUUUGUCCCUGACUUGUUUGGAGAGCUCCUUGAUCUUCAUGGUGCCACUUGCUUGGUGGUGCCCCUUGCUUGGUGGUGUUGCAGACUCUGGGGCCUUUCAGAACAGGUAUAUAUAUAAUGAGAUCAUGUGACAGAUCAUGUGACACUUAGAUUGCACACAGGUGGACUUUAUUUAACCAAUUAUGUGACUUCUGAAGGUAAUUGGUUGCACCAGAUCUUAUUUAGAGGCUUCAUAGCAAAGGGGGUGAAUACAUAUGCACGCACCACUUUUCCGUUAUUUAUUUGGUAUAAUUUUUUGAAAUAAGUUAUUUUUUUCAUUUCACUUCACCAAUUUGGACUAUUUUAUGUAAGUCCAUUACAUGAAAUCCAGAUAGAAAUCCAUUUAAAUUACAGGUUGUAAUGCAACAAAAUAGGAAAAACGCCAAGGGGGAUGAAAACUUUUGCAAGGCACUGUAAAAUAUAUUUUGAUUUGUUUAACACUUUUUUGGUUACUACAUGAUUCCAUAUGUGUUAUUUCAUAGUUUUGAUGUCUUCACUAUUAUUCUACAAAGUAAAAAAAUAAAAUAAAAAAUAAAAGUGUGUCCAAACUUUUGACUGGUAGUGUAUGUGUAUUAGUUUUGUGUGUGUGAUUGCUCUAAUGAUGGCUCAACUCAUUGUCUCUCAAUCACACACAAUAUGUGUGCAUUGUAUGUCUUUACUGACACCCCGCCUGCUUCUCUGUUCUCUGUUUCCCAGGUGAUGGAGCGUCUGUGUGUGCGUGUGCAGCAGCAGGUGUGUGUGCUGCGUGGAGUAGGGGAGAUGGAGGAGAUUCAAGCUGCUAAACAAGUGCUGAAGGAGGCCAGGAACUCUCGCGCGGUGAGCGUGUGUGCAUGCCUGAAUCAUUUCUCUAAUCUCUAGUGUAGUUAAGUGUUCAAGUGUAUGUGGGUCUUCCUUUAAACUAGGGUACCAGUUUGGAUUUCCUACACUGGACAACUUGUUACAGCUGUUGAUAGGCCAUUGAUAAUAAUCAGCAUUUUUUUUCUUCAUGUCAUUACAUUAAGAUAUAAGGGGGGAUCAUAGCUAUAUUCAAUAAAAUUCACGAGUUGAUUUAAAACCUCUGUUUAACCCUUUAUCAUGUUUGGUGUCUUGACGGAUUUGUCCAAAAUCGUGUGAUGUGAAACAUGACUUUUCUGUCCUUGCAUUUAUGGCAGUGUAAGUUGACGUUAUAUAUUAAGCAUUAAUCAGUUAAAUUAGAAAUUGAACAGUUUUUAGUAUAGAGAUCUCAGAAAUGCACUGUAACUACGUAACAUUUCGCGUCUUCUUAUGUUACGGGAUGAAAACAGUUUUCAUGGGCACACAAAUCCAAAAUAAUAAAUGCGAUUGCAAAAUCAAAUGCUUCUAACCGAAAGAGUCACCUUACCUUGGUACUUAAAACUUAAAUUAACAUGGUUCUUCAAUAAUUAUGCAUAAUACUUGUUGGAUGUGCGAGUUAUGCCAUAAUAAUUUCACACAUCAUCAUCUGAUCCAGGAAUUAAUUUUCCACAUUGGAUUUAAUAUCCCUAGCGAAUUGAUAUUGAACAUCUGUUGUUGUCUGCUUGAUUUACAGUAGGGUCUUUUUAGAUUUAACAGAGAAAGCAUCAAGUUAAUGUGUUCAUGUUUUCAAAUGUUUUUGUGCCUCGCAUUGGACACCUAGUCUACUGUGCGCAAUUGUGUAGGAUAGACUAUUGCGAGACACCCAACACUGUUCAUAUGAAUUAUUCUGGAUAUAAUGACAACAAAUUACAUAACAUAGUGGGUUUAUUCAUAAUAUCAUCUGGUAAUGAAAUAACAUGACAAAUACAUUAAAAUCAAGGGGCUUGAAGUAGCAUACUUGAACUUGAACUUCGAGCUCCGAAAUUCACAUACUGGGCCUACCUUGAAAAUCAGACAUUUUAUCAAUUUGGUGCUUGAAAAGUUCUUGAAAUUAUUGUAGCCAAUUUAUAAGUUCUCCUGCUCCCUUAUAAUUAUCCGUGAUUUCAUUUUUGAUCAAUUUUUGUGAGAGAUGUGACCACUUUCGUUUGUUUCCAGCUGCUUCAAUUGAAGAGUGUUGCGCUACUCUGUUGCGGUAAAACCAUGUGAGGUUAUUAUUAGGACGACACGAUCUAAUGUUGGCUUCAACUUGGCUUUCCAUACAAAUCCUUCCAUUAAAAAAAGAGCCUGGUAUUUGGUCACUUACUCAUUAUAAAAACAGCGAUGGUGAGAUUCAAAUGGUGAGAUUAAUGCUACCGCUAUUCAUGGAUUUAUUAUGUGUGCCCGCGUCGGUUACAGAAAAAUCGCCGUGCAUGCAUCCAAUCUAUUUAGUCAGGCAAUGUCCACAUUAUUCUCACAUAUUCUAGAAUGUACUGUAAUAAUAAUUUGAAUAUCAAUGCAUUGGCAAGGCCUAAAAAAAUUAAUUAUUCUUAAAGUGGUAAUGGCCUACUUUUUUUUACACCUUUUGCAUGUUUUUUUGGGGGAGGGGGGUGGGGGUAUAUAUACAAUUGUAUAACAUUGAAUUUGACUUGCCAAUGUCUGUAUGAACCCUGCUUAAAGGAUGUAUAGUCCUAGGCCUAUGUUGUUGUAUAGGUGGAGUUAUGGGUACAUUUGCAUAUAUUCACUUUUAUUCCUCUAAGUACACAUGUGGAACUGCAUGAAAAUCAUUUAGACAUUUUAAUCCCAAUGUCACACAUUGGCCCCAUUAUUUAUAGAAAGACCCAUGUCUUUUUGUAUUAAUAUAACACCCCCACACCCCUCUCUCGCUCUCUCUCUCUCUCUCUCUCUCUCUCUCUCUCUCUCUCUCUCUCUCACUCUGUCUCUCUCUCGCAUAUAUUCACUUUUAUUCCUCAAAGUACACAUGUGGAACUGCAUGAAAAUCAUUUUGACAUUUUGAUCCCAAUGUCACACAUUGGCCCCAUUAUUUAUAGAAAGACCCAUGUCUUUGUGUAUUAAUAUGACACCCCCCACCCCUCUCUCUCUUUCUCCUCUCUCUCUCUCUAUACUCUCUCUCUCUCUCUCUCUCUCUCUCUCUCUCUUCUCUCUCUCUCUCACUCUGUCUCUCUCUCGCAUAUAUCACUUUUAUUCCUCUAAGUACACAUGUGGAACUGCAUGAAAAUCAUUUUGACAUUUUGAUCCCAAUGUCACACAUUGGCCCCCUUAAUAGAAAGACCCAUGGCUUGGUGUACCUAAUAUCGGAAAAACCACUAUAAUAUCGCGAAACCGAGACCAGACUGCUCUUCAACACUCCGAUAUCUCUCUUCUCUCUCUCUCUCUCUCUCUCUCUCUCUCUCUCUCUCUCUCUCAGCUGUACCCCUCUCUCUGUGAGCUAGCUCAUGUCCUGUCAGUAGAUGGGCCAGUCAGACAGAAACUGGACUCACUGGCAGGAGAACUGGCCAAGGCAGCUGACAAGGAACUACAGGUGCAAUCCUCAAUACAUCACAUAUUUAUAUAAAUGUUUUAUUUACUUCGCCAUUAUUUCUUAAUCAAUUAGGCAACACAGGGAUUGGUUGAAUAUUUGAUUGAUUGAUUGAGUUAUUGAUUGAUUGAUUGUUUAAUUGGCUUGUUGAUUGACAGGUGAUAGUUGACUCCAUGGUGUCUCUCUGUCGUGAGCUGUGCCCGCUGUCCUCCUCUGCAGCAGAGAGAUUGAGUCCUCCACUCUCGUCCGUCUCUGAGCGCGUCUCCAUCCCACGCUCUGCCAUCCGGACGGCCAUGAUGGAGCGAGCAGCUCAGGACAUCCACCGUGUGCUGGAGUAAGAAAGGGAGGGAGGGAGGGAGGGAGGGAGGGAGGGAUGGGAUGGAUGGAUGGAUGGAUGGAUGGAUGGAUGGAUGGAUGGAAGGAAGAAAGAAGAGGGGGAGCUGAAGGAGGAAGAUAAGCGAUGCAGUCUUCUUUGUUCAAUUUAAUCAGUGUGGGUAUCUGUGAACUCAUUCCAUCAUACUGUCUUCCCCCUCCUCCGCCCUGCCUUCCCUCUCCUGAUCCCUCCCCUCUCUUUGUCUUUCUCCCCCUCUCCCAGAGAGGUGAAGCUCUCAGUGGUUUCCUAUCUCACCAACUCCAUUGUGGAUCAGAUCUUGCAGGAGCUCUACGCCACUCACAAGACCCUGGUAUAGACAUGCUGCUGUCUGUCUGUCUGUCUGUUUGUGUCUCUGUCUGUCUAUAGUCCUGAUAUUGAUUCUGUCACCUUUUGCCUACCAUUAUCAGUAACACUUUACUUGAAGGGGCACACAUAAGGCAUUCAUAACACCAUUAUACACUUUUGCAGUAUCAUUCAUAACAACCUUUAUAACACCUUUAUGAAACCAGUCAUAACACCUUUAUGAGUGUUGCAGUAUCAUUCAUAACAACCUUCAUAAUACAUUUAUUCAUGUCUAGUGUCUGCUCCCUGUCCCAGACGCGUCAGGUGUCCCAGGUGAAGCGCUGGGAGGGGACAUGUGACGGAGGGACAGGCCGGAGGUCACACAGACACAGAGACUCUCUGGACAUCACUGACGAGGAGCUGGGCACCAGCAUAGUAAGCAUUGUGUGUUGGGAUUGUCUGUUUAGGAUGUGUGUGUUUGUGUUUUGACAUCUUUUUCUUCCGUCUCUAGGACACAAUUGCCAUUAAGAAGCACAGCUCUAGAACUAGACGAAUACGACCCGUUUCUACCAGACUGAGUGAGUAUGUCUCCGUCCCACUAUCUCUCAAUCUCCCUCUCUCUUCCUCCCAGCUUGUUCUCUCUUUUAGAGGUCCAUUAGUGACUGUGUCCUGCUGUGUCUGUUUUUCUCUCCCUCUUUCCCUUUCCCUCUCUCUCUGAGUGAGCCAUUAAUGGCUGGUGUUCAUGCCAACCUGAACCCAUUCCUGCCUCAACAUAUUUGAGUGCACUUGCCAAUUGUUGUAGUUUUUAAACAGUAUUUAUUUCAAGCACAGAUGACAGUUCCACAUGACUCCUAUGAGAACUUCUACCACCUCGCCACUUCCUUCUCCAUUUCGCUCCCUUUUAUGCAUCUGUUUCGCUCUCAUCUCGUCAUCUUUCCAUAUUUUAUUCUCUCUCUCUUUCAGGCCUGUGUGAUGACUCCAGCUCCUCCCCGCCCGCCUCUGCGUCCUCUUCUUUCUCGGCCCUCUCUCGCUCUGCAUCCUGUGAGGGGCUGUCUGAGCUCCCUACCCAGGGUGCACCUCUACAUCAUGUGACGCGGGUUAGGCCGAGGCCCCCACGGAGGCACCGAGCAGGACAUGCCCCCUCUGACACAGUAAGAGGAAGCUGACCUCAGGAUCUCACCCCAUAUGGAAUAUAUACUGCUCUGAACUGCUCAGACUGUGUGUGAUACUUAACUAUGAAUAUGGAAAUACAGGAUCUAUAUUCACUUAUAUAUUCACUUAUGAAUAUUGUAUACACAGAGAGGCCCCUGCUGUAGUAGAUUUCUCAUCUGAGUGCAGAAGCGUAAAUAUGCAGAUAUAUUGAAAAAUGUAUGCACUCACUAACUGUAAGUCGCUCUGGAUAAGAGCGUCUGCUAAAUGACUAAAAUGUAUUAGCUAAAUAUUAGCUAAUAAAUGAUCAAUUUAAGGAGAUACUGAUAUGGCAACACAUAGUUAAAGAUAAGUGAACUUUAAAAACUCAUGGAGUUACAUAGAGAUACUUUCAUAUUAAUAAGACAAAAUACGGAUGUUAUUUGCAUAGCUAAUGACAACUACAAAGAUAAUAUUCCCUUAUGAUACAAGCAAAAUGUAUAACUAAUGGCUAUAUUAAUUGCUUGUUAAAUAGACUAGAUGUUAAAAUUGAUACAUCUGGUUUAUUUAACAAGCAUUUAAUAUAGCCAUUAGUUAUACAUUUUGCAUGCGUGCCUAAGCACAUAUUCUAUUCCAAAAGAACGAUUAUUCAUGUGAUUAAAGUAAUGAUAAUAUAACUUUUAACUUAAUUUAUGGCUCAUGCAUAAUUCCCACUGCAUAUUCCCAAAUGUUAGGGCCUCCCGGCAGUGGCAGUGUGCUGCUCUAUUUUUCAGAAUGGAUUGGGUCCAGGGUAAUCUAUACUAAGAGAAUUACUCCAAUUGGGUUAAGUCAUCUCUCUGAAGCUAGUAUAAUCCAUUUGUGUUAUUACCAACAGAACAUUAAAAAUGUAAAAAAUUGUAAGCCCCUCCAAUAAGUACUUACAAACAGUGUGGGAAAUCAGUCUUUAUUUCUGGAAUAUGAAUUUGUGGAUGUAUAAGAAUAGUAUCAUAAUUCUGAAAUAUCUCUCUCCCCGUCCCCAGCAUUGCACUGAAAAUGGAACUGUCACCCCUCUUGAUGAUGGACUCCCAGAUUUCUACUCCAAGAGAGUCCUCACUGAAGGGAGGGAGGAGAGAGAGAGAGAGAGCCGCAAGGAUGAGGGAGAGAGAGCGAGCAGAGCGAGGCUCUCUCUCUCUCUUCUCUCUCUCUCUCUCUCUAUCUGUCUCUAUCUAUCUCUCUCUCUCUCUUUCUCCCUCGCUCUCUAUCAAAAAACAAUAGGAGUGAAUGGCACACCAUAAUCAUGAUCUAAAUUGCAUGAAUCACCUCCAAGGUAACUACAACUCAAGUCAUUUAGCAUAGGCCUACUUUCCAUUAGUCCAUAGACUACUUUCAGGAUAAGGAUUUUAGGUGAGCUCUGCCUUUAGUAAUAGUUUUAGAGAGUACCCUCUCCUCUUGUCACAUGCUGGCAGAGUAAUGCUGGUCCAUGCUAAAGUACACCCACACAGCAGAUCAUCUGGUUAAGUGGAUGCUUUUAGUAUUAUUACAUUUACUGUUAAGCAUAUUUCUAAAUGAAUGUACUCUGGAUAAAGCGUUCUGUGCCAUGAAUGGUAUCCUAGCAACGUCUCUCACUGCCAGGAAGUGUUACGUUUCAGGCAGCAGCCCAGAGAAACAUAUGGGGUCUGAUGACAGGGUGAAUAAGUAAAAGUACAGGUGCUGACUAGGGACAAACUGAACAGAAAUAUGACUUAUGAUAUAGACAUAUACUUAGUGUACAAAACAAUAGGAACACCUGCUCUUUCCAUGACAGACUGACCAGGUGAAUCCAGGUGAAAGCUAUGAUCCCUUAUUGAUGUCACGUGUUAAUUCCACUUCAAUCAGUGUAGAUGAAGGGUAGGAGACUGGUUAAAGAAGGAUUUUUAAGCCUUGAGACAAUUGAGACAUGGAUUGUGUAUGUGUGCCAUUCGGAGGGUGAAUGGGUAAGACAAAAUAGUGAAGUGCCUUUGAACGAGGUAUGGUAGUAGGUGCCAGGCGCACCGCUUUGAGUGUGUCAAGAACACUUUCCUGUGUGUAUCAAGAAUGGUCCACCACCCAAAGGACAUCCAGCCAACUUGACACAAUUGUGGGAAGCAUUGGAGUCAACAGGGGCCAGCAACUCAAUAGUAGGAAGAUGUUCCUAAUGUUUUGUACACUCAGUGUAUUUUUACUGUAUAGCUAUGGUCAGUUUAUGUCUCUCUUUAUAUCUGCCUUUUGUCUUCAUCCUUUAUCUUCUUCCUAUUUUGUCCCCCUCAUCUCUCUCUACCCUUUCCAUCUCUUUUUCCCUAUGUCAGUCAGUUGUCCUCUCUCCAUAAAGCCCACUCUCUCAGGCGAAAGAAAAGACGCAAUAUGCUGGCCAUCUUUGGUUUCCGUAGGAACCGCAACUCAACGCUCUCCAAUCAGGGGCCAGAGUCUGGCAGAGAUGGGUGUGGGGAGGAGUGUCACACUGUUGCCACGGCACCCACAGGGUUUGUGAAUCCUCAGUAUCACACUUACACACACACACACACACACACACACACACACACAUACACAUACACAUACACAUACACACACACACACACACACACACACACACACACACACACACACACAACUAGUAUGAUACAGUGAGGGAAAAAAGUAUUUGAUCCCCUGCUGAUUUUGUACGUUUGCCCACUGACAAAGAAAUGAUCAGUCUAUAAUUUUAAUGGUAGGUUUAUUUGAACAGUGAGAGACAGAAUAACAACCAAAAAAUCUAGAAAACGCAUGGCAAAAUUUUUAUAAAUUGAUUAGCAUUUUAAUGAGGGAAAUAAGUAUUUGACCCCCUCUCAAUCAGAAAGAUUGGUGACAACAGUUGGUGCGAUUGGAAGAAACACAAAAUAACUGUCAAUCUCCCUCGGCCUGGGGCUUCAUGCAAGAUCUCACCUCGUGGAGUUGCAAUUAUCAUGAGAACGGUGAGGAAUCAGCCCAGAACUACACGGGAGGAUCUUGUCAAUGAUCUCAAGGCAGCUGGGACCAUAGUCACCAAGAAAACAAUUGGUAACACACUACGCCGUGAAGGACUGAAAUCCUGCAGCGGCCGCAAGGUCCCCCUGCUCAAGAAAGCACAUUAUACAGGGCCGUCUGAAGUUUGCCAAUGAACAUCUGAAUGAUUCAGAGGAGAACUGGGUGAAAGUGUUGUGGUCAGAUGAGACCAAAAUCGAGCUCUUUGGCAUCAACUCAACUCUCCGUGUUUGGAGGAGGAGGAAUGCUGCCUAUGACCCCAAGAACACCAUCCCCACCGUCAAACAUGGAGGUGGAAACAUUAUGUUUUGGGGGUGUUUUUCUGCUAAGGGGACAGGACAACUUCACCGCAUCAAAGGGACGAUGGACGGGGCCAUGUACCGUCAAAUCUUGGGUGAGAACCUCCUUCCCUCAGCCAGGGCAUUGAAAAUGGGUCGUGGAUGGGUAUUCCAGCAUGACAAUGACCCAAAACACACGGCCAAGGCAACAAAGGAGUGGCUCAAGAAGAAGCACAUUAAGGUCCUGGAGUGGCCUAGCCAGUCUCCAGACCUUAAUCCAAUAGAAAAUCUGUGGAGGGAGCUGAAGGUUCGAGUUGCCAAACGUCAGCCUCGAAACCUUAAUCAUUUAUAGAAGAUCUGCAAAGGGGAGUGGAACAAAAUCCCUCCUGAGAUGUGUGCAAACCUGGUAGCCAACUACAAGAAACGUCUGACCUCUGUGAUUGCCAACAAGGGUUUUGCCACCAAGUACUAAAUCAUGUUUUGCAGAGGGGUCAAAUACUUAUUUCCCUCAUUAAAAUGCAAAUCAAUUUAUAACAUUUUUGACAUGCGUUUUUCUGGAUUUUGUUGUUGUUAUUCUGUCUCUCACUGUUCAAAUAAACCUACCAUUAAAAUUAUAGACUGAUCAUGUCUUUGUCAGUGGGCAAACGUACAAAAUCAGCAGGGGAUCAAAUAUUUUUUCCCUCACUGUAUAUAAAGCUGUGCAAUCUACACAGCAUGAUUUAUAUCAGUGUCACAUUAUCUUGACUUUCACUUAAUAACAUAUGUAUACCCCUUACCUCUUUAUGAAUAUGUAUCACUCUUUUUCUCUCUCUACCUUUCAUGCUCUCUGUUAGUAUGAUGAGCAUUAAGUGCAAGCUCUGUGUGCCCUGUGUGCUAAUAGUCUAAAUCAGUGCUGGGAAGCAGUGCUGUGUUGACAUGAGGAAUGGUCAUGCUGCCGGAGAGCACAGCAGAUGACACCAGUAUGUGUAAACAGAUGUAGAUGACACCAGUAUGUGUAAACAGAUGUAGAUGACACCAGUAUGUGUAAACAGAUGUAAAUGACACCAGUAUGUGUAAACAGAUGUAAAUGACACCAGUAUGUGUAAACAGAUGUAAAUGACACCAGUAUGUGUAAACAGAUGUAGAUGACAGCUGUUGCCCUUCUCCCACUUAGAUUAUGAGAUGCAAGAGAAUGAUGGCAAUGAUAAUGCAGUCUAAUGAAUAAAGAUGUAAAAAAUUAUGCAAGUCUAAUAUAUUCUAUCCCAAUAUUAUAACAUUAUUAUUGCAUAGCCUGCUUGGUUAGAAAGCCAAAACAGGGCCAGAGGGGCAUUUGUUAUCCACACCAAUUCAAAUACAAUCCAGGGGCCACAGAGCAAAUUCUUGGUUGACUCUGUCAUUGUUUCUCUGACUGUCCUCUUUGCUCUUUUCUCUCUCAGGACAGCCACUGAGAAUGUCUACACGCUGCUGCAGCCCCCUCGUUCUGCUGCCAGGGCCUGCUCUCCUGGUGAGGGGGCUGAUGGGAAGGUGGAGGACCAGAGGAGGGAGGAGCCAGUGGGCCUGAGCCUGCAGCCAGUGCAGAGCAUACCACCACAGCCUGGCAUGCCGGGCAGCAGACACCCCUUCUACUCACCCAGCCAGGUACAGUCUAUGCUGUAUCACUUGUGGUAGAAAACAUUAUUACUGGUUGAUGAGUUCAUGGUUAUAAUAUCUCUUCUCAUCUUUCCUCUGUGUUUUUUACAGCCAUCAGAGCUAGAGACAGAGCACGAGCAACCUGCCGAAACAGACAGACAUUGGUCAGAGGACAGACAGUGGACAGAGGGGCUUCACACAGACAGAGAGAGGACAUUAAUAAGACCGGCUGACAGACAGGCUGACCGGCACUGGACUGAGGACAAACUGUCAGACAAAACAUGGACAGAGGGAAGAACGGCAGAGAGACAGAUGGACAGAUAUUGGACAGAAGGCAGGAAUGCAGAUAGACACAUGGAAAGACAGUGGACAGUUGACAGACACACACAAAGACAGAUCGACAGACAGUUUGAUCGAGAUAGACAGUGGACGGUGAGCAAACAACAGACAGACAGACAGUGGACAGAGGGACGACCGACAGACAUACAGAUAGACAGACAGUGGAUAGAGAGACGACCGACAGACAUACAGAUAGACAGACAGUGGAUAGAGAGACGACCGACAGACAUACAGAUAGACAGACAGUGGAAAGAGAGCAGGCAGUCAGGCAGACAGUCUGACAGACAAGCCCAGGGACAACAUCUGGCUCAGAGGCCUCUGCCCCCUUACCCAUCAGACAGAACUCCAUCACCUAAAAUUGAGACUGACUCCCAGAAAAACAUGGAGGCAACCAUCGACAGACAGAAGCACUCUGACACACAGACGGAAAGACACCUGCGCUCAGACACUGCUGUAGGACAGGUGGAAGGGUGGAGGGGUGGAGGAGGGGUUCCCCCUGGACGGGUUUCUAUGAGUGCAUCUAAACCAGACCCGCCUCCCCAGAGCAGCAAACCCAACCAGUCCAAACUGAAACAGAGACAUCUACAGGAGAGCUCUGGUACUGCACCUGUCUCUUACACACUGUUGUGUUAAUAUAAAGGUGCAAUAUGCAGAAAUCGCUCCGCCAUUUCCUGGUUGCAAUUUUUUUUAUAAGUUGCCUAAUUUCAGUUUAUGUGACAAAACAAGCAAUGUAUAUGGUUAAGAUGGUAUGAUAAUUCAGUGUAGAGAAUCAUUGUACCAUCUAAACCGCUGUGAAAUAUAUUUUCAAUAACCAAAAAUAUUGUAGUUUGAAGCUGGUGUACAAAAUCAAAAAUAAAAGACGCAAAAACGCAACUUAAGAACGUGAAGCAUAGAAAUAGUGCACAUAAAACAUAUCUAGCACUUCUUAGACUUGCCUUCAGUGAAAAUGACAGAUCUACAUUUACAUUUACAUUUUAGUUAUUUAGCAUCUAUAAAUCACAUUUCUAUGUGAAUUUGGUAGGGUCGCCCAAAAAGUUACAUAUUGCAGCUUUAAUGUAUCUGCUUCAUUAUUUAUAAAAUCGAAGAGUGAUAUUAUUACUCCAUCUUUAUCUUCAGGUGCAGACGAGGAAGCAGACGGAGAUAGGGAUGGUGGAAGAAUGGAAAGGAAAGAGAGAGAUAGAGGCAGAGAUGCAGAGGGACAGCCACCUCCCAUUCCUGAAAAGGUGUGUCUGUCUUUGCAUAUGCUUCUGGUUGUCAUAUUGAUGUGAAUACAUUAGUAUACUGGAAAUUAUACACUUAGUGGCCAGUUUAUUAGGUACACCACCCAGUUCACGAAAAUGGUUUGCUCCUACAGACAGUGAGUCACAUGGCGGUGGCUUGCUAUAUAAAGCAGGCAUACAGGCAUCAAGGCAUUCAGUUACUGUUCGAUUGAACGUUAGAAUAGGCAAAACGAGUGACCUAAGCGACUUCGAGAGUGGUAUGAUCGUCAGUGCCAGGCGCGCCAGUUCCAGUAUCUCUGAAACGUAUGGCCUCCUGGGCUUUUCACGCAUGACAGUGUCUACGGUUUACCGAGAAUGGUGUGACAAACAUGAGAGGUCGAAGGAGAAUGGCAAGAAUCGUACAAGCUAACAGGGGGGCCACAAACAGGCAAAUAAUGGCGCAGUACAACAGUGGUUUGCAGAACGGCAUCUUGGAACGAACAACUCAACGGUCCUUGUCACGGAUGGGCUAUUGCAGCAAUCAGACAACCACACCGUGUUCCACUCCUAUCAGCUAAAAACAAGAAGAAGCGGCUCCAGUGGCCACGCGAACACCAACACUGGACAAUUGAGUAGUGGAAAAACAUUGACUGCUCCGACAAUUCCUGGUUCCUGUUGCGUCAUGCUGAUGGCAGAGUCAGGAUUUGGAGUAAGCAGCAUGAGUCCAUGGCCUCAUCCUGCCUGGUGUCAAUGGUAAAGGCUAGUGCCGGUGGUGUAAGGGUGUGGGGAAUGUUUUCCUGGCACACGUUAGGUCCCUUGAUACCAAUUGAGAAACGUUUCCAUGCCCCGAAUAAUUCCGGUUGUUCUGGAGGCAAAGGGGGGUCCGACCUGAGACUAGAUGGGUGUACCUUAUAAACUGGCCAUGUGUGGUUAUGUUUAGAUAUUAAUUGAUAAUUUUAUUGAUUUUGUGCCCCAUUUAUUUUCAGCCGAAGACAUCCUAUAUGUCUUCUCCAAACGAGUAUGCCAAUGAAAGGCUGAUCCAUCCUCCUGCACCAUACGCAUUCAGCAAGCCAGUGCUGGGAUUGGCUGACAGGGCUUUCAGUCAAGGUAUUAACAAAUUAAGCCAAUAUAAUUUUGUCAUUACAGUCAAAGACUAUGACAUUGUAUGAUUGACGGUGGUAUAUGGUGUGCAGGUGAGGAAGAAGUGAGACCUCAAGCCCCAGUGAAACCCCAGAGGAACAGAAAGGCUAUGUCUUGUGACACAGGUACACCUGUCAGUCUGUAUGCUUCUGUCUGUCUGUCUGUCUGUCUGUCUGUCUGUCUGUCUGUCUGUCUGUCUGUCUGUCUGUCUGUCUGUCUGUCUGUCUGUCUGUCUGUCUGUCUGUCUGUCUGUCUGUCUGUCUGUCUGUCUGUCCAAUAGUUAGUCAGUAUGCUUGUAUUAGUCCAUGGGUGUGUGUUAAUAUGUGCCUCAUGAUCACACCAUGUCUGACUGUUACAGUAUUUCCUGUCUUCAUUUACCCCAGGCACUGACAUGGAUGGCCCUAAUAAUCUUGAGAAGCACCCAAAUCACAAACCCCCAGUGAACAAACCUAGACUACUCCAGAACAGAAACAAAUCCAUGAAAUGUCCUUGUCUCUCUCUCUCUCCCUCUCCCUCUCUCUCUCUCUCUCUCUCUCUCUCUCUCUCUCUCUCUCUCUAUCUCUCUCUCUCUCUCUUGUCUCUCUCCCCCCCCCCCCCCCCCUCUCUCUCUCUCUCUCUCUCUCUCUCUCUCUCUCUGUCUCUGCCUCUGCCUCUGCCUCUGUCUCUGUCUCUGUGAGAAUGGGAGCAUCUGUUUCCUCUCAUACUUAAUGCAUAAAAACAGCUAUAUUUCUUUGGAUACAGCUAUAUUUGUGUGUUUUUGGUUUUACUAUCCUUGUGGGGACCAGAAAUCCUCACAAGAAUAGGAAAAUCUGUGGACAUUUUGCCAGUUUCCACAAGGAAAAUGGCUAUUUUAGGGUUUGGUGUUAAUGUUAGGGUUAGGAUUUUGUUUGGUCCCCACAAGGAUAGUAAAACAAACAUGUGUGUGUUUCAGUCUAAACUAAGCAACAUUUUCAAUCUCCCCUUAGGUCGGAAUAGAACUCAAACAUGACUUCACUGUUGUUAAUUAUCUGAUCAAAUCGUGUUUAAUGAGAUGAAUCAGUAAUCAGGAAUGUCUCUCGUUCUGUGCUCUUCCAGACAGCGUCAACUCAGCAUCUGGUAACAGCGAGCUGUUGUAA